CGCCCCCGCCUCCUGUGCGCCGUGGCGCCCGAGCGAGCGGGCGGCUCUACUUAAGCGGCGCGCGGGCCGCGACCCGCCACUCGCCUGGAGCGCGCGGGCGAGGCAGGCGCAGCGCACCGGGGCUCACGGGGGCGCACAGCGGCGCUCGCACCGCGCGGCUCUUGGCGGCCGGGGCGCAGGGCUCCGGAAGAGGCGGCUGCGGCUCCUGAGCGCGGUCCCGUCCCCGCCACCCGCCACCUCUUUGCCAUGGCUCUGGCGGACAGCACACGAGGACUACCCAACGGGGGCGGCGGCGGGGGCGGCAGCGGCUUGUCGUCGUCCUCCACGGAGCCGCCGCUUUUCCCCGACAUCGUGGAGCUGAACGUGGGGGGCCAGGUGUAUGUGACCCGGCGCUGCACCGUGGUGUCGGUGCCCGAUUCGUUGCUCUGGCGUAUGUUCACGCAGCAGCAGCCUCAGGAGCUGGCCCGGGACAGCAAAGGCCGUUUCUUUCUGGACCGGGACGGCUUCCUCUUCCGCUACAUCCUGGAUUACCUGCGGGACUUGCAGCUCGUGCUGCCCGACUACUUCCCGGAGCGCAGCCGGCUGCAGCGCGAGGCCGAGUACUUCGAGCUGCCGGAGCUCGUGCGUCGCCUCGGGGCGCCCCAGCAGCCCGGGCCCGGGCCGCCGCCGCCGCACUCCCGGCGCGGGGUGCACAAGGAGGGCUCGCUGGGCGACGAGCUGCUGCCGCUGGGCUACGCGGAGCCCGAGCAGCAGGAGGGCGCCUCGGCCGGGGCGCCGUCGCCCACGCUGGAGCUGGCUAGCCGCAGCCCGUCCGGGGGCGCGGCGGGUCCGCUGCUCACGCCGUCCCAGUCGUUGGACGGCAGCCGGCGAUCGGGCUACAUCACCAUCGGCUAUCGCGGCUCCUACACCAUCGGGCGGGACGCGCAGGCGGACGCCAAGUUCCGGCGGGUGGCGCGCAUCACCGUGUGCGGCAAGACGUCGCUGGCCAAGGAGGUGUUCGGGGACACCCUGAACGAGAGCCGGGAUCCCGACCGGCCCCCGGAGCGCUACACCUCGCGCUAUUACCUCAAGUUCAACUUCCUGGAGCAGGCGUUCGACAAGCUGUCCGAGUCGGGCUUCCACAUGGUGGCGUGCAGCUCCACGGGCACCUGCGCCUUUGCCAGCAGCACCGACCAGAGCGAGGACAAGAUCUGGACCAGCUACACCGAGUACGUCUUCUGCAGGGAGUGAGCUCCCCAGAACCCUCGCCACUCCUGCGCCCGCUUCCCUUCCUCCAUGCUGGGGAGAUGAUUCUAGAUCCCUCGGCCCAGUCCCUUGGUUCCUCCUGCCCCCCUCCAGUAGCUGCUCCUGAUCAGCCCCCGUGCCCUCCUUCAGAAUCAGCAGCCACAAAUCCUCCGGGCUUCUUCAUCUUGUUAUGGGACCCCGCUAACAGAGCUCUCAGACGUAGCCCUCCACCCAUGCUUCCUCUACUCUUGGCCUCACCCCCCCCCCUCCCCUGUACUUCAAUCUGGAUCUAGUAGGGCAGUGUGGGCACAAAGUCACCAAGUACCUGGUAAUGACCAAAUUGUUCAGAACCUGAUUGGACGGUGUCCGGUGUAGAAGAUUCUUUGAAAUCUUCUCAAGCCCUUGUGACUCAUUCGCAGUGUUAAGAGAUCAGAACUGAUAACGCUGUCCUGGAGACAGUGUCUUAAAAGGUCAUUACAUUCUUUUCUGAUCACCAUUAAAGGUAGAGUUUUAGAAGACUGAAUGGAAGACUCUGAUGCUGGAAUUAAGGCCCCUUGGAGGCAGCUCAGUGACUGUAAAUGGAGCUUUGAAAAGUUAACAGGUAGAAGGAGAAGAUAGAGAAGGAUCGCGUCUUUCCCACACAGAUCAUGUCUUCGCCUGCUUAAACUUGUAGAAAGUGAUCCUCCUGCCUGCAGAGGCGCCCUUUUUCCUGGGCUGUUUGCCAGAGCUCUUGGUUCCAUUGGUUGGUAUGGCAGCCCUCUCUGGCAAGAGGGAGAAGAGACGCUGCCUCUUAAGAGGCAAGGCUGCCCAGCUCUUCAAACUCUGUGGGAAGCCACCUGGCAGUGACUAAGUGUAGCUGGAUAGUAAUGCACGUCGUGGGCAGUAGGACCAUACAGCCAUUAGAUCUAAGAC